CUGCAUCUCGCUGUCGACGUUCAUCGCAAGAAAAUACACAAGCAGAGGCUCAUUAGAUGUCGUCGUCUGUCCAAAACCAGCCAGGAUCUGGCUGUCCUGCUGCUCCUCCGACGCCCCAAGAAAUCACAAGGAAACUGUCGGUGCACAACAAGCCCGCUAAGCCUCCCCAUGUGCUUUCACCGUCCGCCCUAUCGGGUACGGAAAGCGAUUCUGACACGUUUUUCUCCCCGGAGCAUUCUCCGUUAGCCAGUAGCUAUUUCUCGGGAGGCUCGCAGCCUCAAGCGAUUAGCCACCCACACAGCCAUGCACAGAAUCACGGUCAUGGCAUGUCACUCGGACUUUCUACUAGCGUAUCAUCAAAACCAUUGUCUUCUAUUGCGGAACGAAGAAGCGGAAGUGCCGACGAGGAAUCGGAUGAGAACGAAGAGGCUGAUGAGGAGUGGGCACAAGAACGCCAUUCGAUUGACCUCACACAAACGCACAGACCUGAUGAAGACAGUGUCAUAAAAACUGGCUAUUUGCACAAAAAGGGCGAGCGGCGAAAGACUUGGAAGAAGCGCUGGUUCGUUCUCCGACCUGCUCACCUUGCGUUCUACAAAAAUUCUGCCGAAUAUCAAUUGUUACGUCUUCUUGACCUCUCAGAUGUCCAUUCUUGCUCUCCUGUGGAGUUGAAGCGACAUUCACAUAGCUUUGUUCUCGUGUCUCCCAGCCGGACUUACUAUCUGCAGGCCGACACUGAGCAAGAGAUGCAAGAUUGGGUACGACGUGUGAACACAGCUCGAGAAGCUCUGCUUGGUACCUCAACCCAGAACAGUGCCACUGCGACCCCUAUUGCUAUUCCUGCCUCUGGAAGCGGAUCUCGUCAAAACACUUUUGCACAUUCUCCGACCGCGGGUGUAGUAGGGGGUGCUACCACGCCGUCUCCACCUUCUGCUCGUAGCAUUGGAUUUGCUGCCGGGCCUGUGACUUCUGACUCAGAAUCGGAAGACCAGGCAGCAGGUGAAGUGCCAAAGUCGGUCGGCAAUGUUACUGCUUCCCCGUCAAAGACUCAGACUCAAGUCGGUGGCUCUACGAGCAAGGAUACAUCAAAAAUAAUUUUGUCAGGCUAUCUGAUGAAGAGUCGCUCGAAGCGCCGGGGAUGGAGGAAGAGAUGGUUUGUCUUGACGAACGAAGGUUUAUUCUAUAGCGCUAGUCAUAUGGACUCGAAACCUCGUCGAUCGAUUGAUCUCUCACAGAUUAUCGACGCCCUUGAAUAUGAUUUAUCCCAGGACAAGAGCCACUCAGGUUCCAACGCGAUCUCGCCUCCCGUCAUUUCCGCCAGCGACGAGAGCUAUGGGCACGAAAUGGACUCCGCGAACACCGGGUUCAGUGGCGCAAAAUAUACGUUCAAGAUCGUAACUACAAAGCGACCGUUGUUGUUGUGUGCACCAAGUGAAGCUGAGGAGAUUAAGUGGCUAAGUGCUGUGCGAGCAUUAAUCGCAAGACGCUCGAAUCCAUUGAGUUCUACCUCCGCGGGCAACGCACAGGGAGCUUUUGGAAAUGCAGAUGUGACUGGAACGGUGCCCCCUCCAGUCGCCGGCGUCAAGGCGUCAGUAUCAACAGGGGGACGAAAGCGUAGUGCGAGCGGAGCGAGUGGACUUCCGAUCGUAAGGGAUGAGCCAUCGCACCAUUGAAUUAACAGGGGUCGGAAUGAAACGCCAGUUUUGACCCUUGCUGUUAACACUCCUCGAUGGCCGCUCCCAAGGAGCCGUUUAUGCGACACAGCGCUCUCGAACGACGCAUCUUUCAUAUAUCCUAACGGAUUCCUCGUUACCCACACGGACGCCGCCACCAUGUCUCGCGUCCUUUGUUCUGGAUUAUUGUAACAUCAUUUUCUUCACUGUUUUUACCGCUUGAAAUCCUCAGAUAUAUUUUGUAACUGUGGGUGUAUAUUAUUCCUUUUUGUGUAUGCCUCUACUCCAGUCUUUCCUCUCAUAUAUCGUCUUUGUACUCCUCGAUCCUUCUGUUGCGACGUCCUUGCUUAUUCCUUCAU